AUGUUCUUGUUUUCAGAUCACACCAUCCAGUCUGUUUUUUGCUGCUGCUGCUGUUCAAUGCAGAAAAGAGCAGUGAGAACAAAAUUGAGCCUGGACAAUGACGUAGACUUGAUGGCUGGAUACUCAAUGUCACAACAGCUCUCCUAUGUGUCUACCCAAAAGCACAGAAAUUCAUACCGCAUUAAUCAAUCAAAGAGGAAGCCACUACCAGCGUUACCCCCACAGAUCCCUGAAGAGUAUGAAGAGAAAAUCAGAGUCAUUGCACUCUAUGAUUUUUUUGCCAAAGGACCCUGUGACUUAACACUCAGGAAAUCAGAAGAAUACAUUAUCCUUGAGAAGUAUGACCCUCACUGGUGGAAGGCAAGAGACCAGUAUGGUAAUGAAGGCCUAAUUCCCAGCAAUUAUGUAACUGAGAACGAGCGAAAUAAUUUAGAAGCAUAUGAGUGGUACUGUAAAAACAUAACCAGAAAUCAGGCAGAACUUCUACUACGGCAGGAGUCCAAAGAAGGGGCAUUUAUGGUCAGAGAUUCAAGCCAAAAGGGAGCCCUCACAAUGUCUGUUUAUUCGCGAUCUAGUGGAAGCCACAGUGGAAAUAUCCGACAUUAUCAAAUUAAGCAAAAUCAUUCAGAACAGUAUUAUGUAGCAGAAAAGCACCUCUUUCCAUCCAUUCCUGAACUCAUCCAGUAUCACCAGCAUAAUGCAGCAGGUCUCAUCACCCGUCUCCGACAUCCAAUUGGAUCAAUGGGAAGUUGUUUACCAGCAACGGCAGGAUUUAGUUAUGAGAAGUGGAAGAUAAACCCAUCUGAGCUGACUUUCAUGAAAGAAGUUGGGCGUGGCCAGUUUGGAAUCGUUCAGCUGGGUAAAUGGAGAGCACUUGUCAAAGUUGCCAUUAAGGCAAUCAAUGAAGGUGCAAUGUCUGAAGAUGAUUUCAUUGAGGAAGCUAAAGUCAUGAUGAAAUUAUCCCACCCAAAGCUGGUACAGCUUUAUGGAGUGUGCAUACAGCACAAGCCUCUCUACAUAGUGACUGAGUUCAUGGAAAAUGGCUGCCUGCUCAAUUACCUUCGGCAAAGACAAGGGAGGCUUAACAAAGAAAUGCUAUUAAGCAUGUGUCAGGAUGUCUGCGAAGGGAUGGAGUAUCUAGAAAGGAAUAGAUUUAUUCACCGUGAUUUAGCUGCAAGGAACUGUUUAGUCAAUACCAAGAACAUAGUUAAAAUAUCUGACUUUGGAAUGACAAGAUAUGUUCUAGAUGAUGAAUAUAUCAGCUCUUCGGGUGCCAAAUUUCCAGUCAAAUGGUCAUCUCCUGAAGUUUUUCAUUUCAACAAGUACAGCAGCAAGUCUGAUGUCUGGUCAUUUGGAGUUUUAAUGUGGGAAGUUUUUACAGAGGGCAAAAUGCCUUUUGAAAAUAAGUCAAAUUCUGAAGUUGUCCAUGAGAUUUCCGAAGGUUACAGACUUUAUCAACCAUAUCUGGCAUCACUUACUGUGUACAAAGUCAUGUACAGCUGCUGGCAUGAGAAACCUGACGGUCGCCCUGCUUUUGCUGAGUUACUUCAGACCCUCACAGAUAUAGCUGAGACUGGAUAAUCAGACUUUCUAUACAUAUGUAUUCUCAUUGCAGAGAUAGCAUGAAGCCCCUCAUGUGGUAAUUCUCAGUCUUUUACAGUCCUAGCUAGUUAUAGCCAUCAGCAGCACUGUAAAUAUUGAGGAAUCUGAGUAGUUAGUCUGUUUUUAUUUUCAGGGUUCAUCACAUUUUUAGUGUUUUGGGGGAAAUGGAUAGUUCAGGGGAUCGGUGAUGGGCUCUUGACCUUUUUGCCGCAAGGUUGCUAGUUCAAAUCAAGACCAGGUUCAUGAUGAUCAAGUCUAUGCUGGAGAGGAAUAACCAAGGUUCCUUCUAGUACAUGGCACAUAGGUCUAAAUUGCACAACAAACCCUUCUGCUUUAUAUGGCAGAUUUACACUAAAUUCUGCAACAAUGCCAUUGAUUAAGAAAUCAUUUGAUAAUUGGUCUGGCUCAUAGAUUGGGGAAUGGGGACAGGUGGCAGCAAAAGAGACUUGAGCACCCAUUAUGGAUUUCUAUAUGGGUAUUGGAAAGACUAGGUGAGUGAGAUAAUAUCUUUUAUUGGACCAACUUCUGCUGGUGAAACAGACAAGCUUUUGAGCUACAGAGAGCUCUUCCUCAAGUCACUGUACAUGUCGUCAUACACAUUUGAACACAGGACCUUAGGCACUGUAACACAGACUUCUGUCAUUUGAGUCUAAAGAGCAACUUAAGAUAGUAGAAAUAGUAAGCUUUUGUCAUCUAGCAGACCAGUCAUUAAAGGGAGACAACCUAAUUUGCCUGUGUGCUAUACAUUCUCUUAGAGGAGGGGUGGGAAGGCAUGCAGGAAGAGGCAGAUAUCCUAAUAGCUCUUACAUGCCAUCUGAAUGGAAUGCCACUCGAACAAUUUAGGAGCUGCAUAGCUGGUGAAUGUGCCUGCCUGUGUGCCUUAGGAGCACGAGAAAACAACCACAAUCUCCUGCAAGCUUGUUUUUGCUUUCUCCAAGGCAGAGUUUCCCAUGCCACCCUUCUGCCUCUUGGAGCUGCAUACUUAACUAACAGCCUCCUUCAGUCAGCUAUACUGAACCCGCCCGGUGGCAUGCCAGUGGACAAGCUGAAGAGAUGGAAAAUGGAACCUUUUUGUAUUUGUGGUGCAUAAGUAAUUUUUUGCAAAAUCAUGGCAAAAAGAUAAGUUAUCUGUCCCAUUUGUGUAACCAAUACUUGUUAUAAUUAGAACCCUGCUGUGAACAACAAUUGCACUGGUAACUUUUGUUUUCCUUGUACAUCGUAUAUUUGUGGUGGCCAAUGUUAGUGUGAGAAAAGCUUAUUGUUUGUAGCUGUACCAUCUGUUAAAUUUAUAAUAUAGAAGAGAAAGAGCACUAUAGAAAAGGAAAACUAAACUCACAUACUGCGUAUAUAAUCAUAUGUAUUUAUACAUAGCUGAAUGUAUAUAUUUGUAUUUUACAGCAACUUGUAGGGAGACAAAAUAUUUAAAACCUAUUGAUUGAAGAACAUUCUGCAUGACUCCUACAGUUUUACCUUUUUAUUCUAAAUAAAAAUAAACAUUGUCAGUUUUUGGAAUUAUGCCCAAUGAUAGAUUCCUUGGACUAAAUUCAGCCCUGACGUAAGCCUGGGUAACUCCCACUGAUGAUAAUAGUGUGCAAUAUUUUUAAGCAAUGUGAUUACCUGCAGUUAUUUGAAGAAUGUAAAUAUCAAAGAGGAAGAGGAAAUGUUUAAUUAUUUCAUGUACGCCUUUGGAAAGUUGCCAGUUCUUUUGGCUGCAUUGUGAAAGCAUCUCAGUUUCAAGAGAAACUAGAGUUCCUUAUUCCUUUAUAUAACCUUUUAAAAUAAUUUUAACCAAGUUAUACCACUGUUUGCUCUUAGAAUGGACUCCUAGUACAUAUUUUAUUCCAUAUCAAAUGUAUGUCUGAAUACAGAUUGGUACAAUACACUAGUCAGGAGAAAAGAGUAGUGUGCCUGAAAAAGCACAAUGGAUGCAAGUUUUCCGUUUAAUUACUGCAAUCCUUCUGCCCACUCCAGUGACAUGUUAAUCUUUUCAGCAGGUGUUGCUGUAUAAACAACAACAAAGAAAUUAUAUCCAUAGUGCAAAGCAUACGAGUAUGUUGCAAAUUGCAUGAGGAGUUCUAUAAGAUCGUAUUGAAGUGGUUUUGCUAAGUUGUUUGUUACUGCAUGCCAAUAUGUAGCUAGGAGACAUCACCCAACUGUGAAAGCAAAGAAGAUAAGAAGUGGGAGGGCUGUGAGUUGAGCUUGUGACUGCUACACAGUGAAUACAUACAAAUUGCUCAAAUGUUUCCACGUGUGUUUCUCUGUUAUGCUGAGCUGUAGUUUGCUUAGUGGGCCUUAGACCCUUUCAGUAUUGGAAAGUAAGGUAAAAGGUGACUAUUGUUGUAGAAAGCGAGAGCCUGAGACAUAGGGCCUAGUAUAAAAAGGCCUUGUGUAAGGCCUAAGGCCCAAACAGAGUCAAGCCCUGCUACUAUAAAGCACAAUUAGCAAGAAUCAGGCCAACUCAGGCCCUGCCCAGUUACAAAGCAGAGGCUUGCUUUGCAGGUUCACUAUCCAAUAGUGGAGCUUGGCAAGAAUAGGGCUGGCGUUGCAAAAAACACAAGAACUCCUACACACUAAGUAUUCAUGUAAAUACAUUCUAGAAGAGUAGUGCCAGAACAGCCCGAUACAGGUUUAUGGUGUAAACACUCUUCAAAGAUGACACAAGCACACACUGACCCCUCUUAAAGAAAAGGGCAGGAUGACAGGGUGAUGGAUAGAGAUGUUUUGAUUGAACCAACUGGUACAAGGUAAAGGGUGGUAAUUAACCACGGUGGAGGGGCAAUAUGUAACUUGUUUGUAUCAGUGUAUAAAAGAGGAGUCUUUGUCUGCUUGAGGGGGGGAAUGGAAAGUCCUGCCAUUCACUGAGCUGAGUCCAUUG